AUGACGCUACCGCCGCAUCCACAUCUCACGCGAAAAGAAAUUGAGGAAUUUGAGGCUCUUCCCAUAGCCAUCAGGCGAAAAACUAUUGGUGUCUUGGACCCCUCGAGCCCACCCGACAAGGAACUCCGUCGACAUCAUCAACGUCGUGGAGCAUCGCUCGGCGCUAUCGUUCCUGGUAGACCACUAGAGCGACCGACUACCUCUCCAACUUGUCAGGACAACGUAUUCUCUGCCGAUUGCGCGUUCCUGGCUAAGCUUCCCGCUAAGAUUAGAGAGAAGCACCUGACUAGAGAGGAGCAGGUCCUCGUUGCCAGACAGUUAAGGCAGAGUGUCAUAUUGGAUGCUGCUGACGAAGCAUUCUUCAAGGCCGGCCGUCUUGCGAACAGACGCCCUUCACCACCUCCAGUCUAUCCACCAACUUUGUCUUCAUCUGAGCGACCUAGUAUGGAGUCUCUACUAAGCGACAAUGCUUCCAUUGGAAAGCGCGACUCACUUUACGACAGCUUCCGAUGGCUGGAUGAAGAGGAGGAUCUCGAUCUACGACUUGCUCUCGACGACUAUCAUGUGAAUUUGAGGGAGUCGGUGCCUAUGGCUCCUAAGGACCCAAGGCCCCCUUCGUUCCGUCGACAUAUGUCCUUCUCCAAGGUCCCAUUUGGUCGCACAUCUAUCUCAAGUCGACCAGGAACAAAGGAUGCGCAACAACCACCGCCUUCUGCUAACUCCACUUCUGCUACCUUGGUAGGCUUUCCCCAACCUGGACGACGGAAAUCUAGGGCGCUGUCGCUUAUCACUCCGAAGCAUGCUGCCCACAAAUCGAUAUCUUCAAUCGACCCCGGCGCUACUCACUAUCAGGAUCCCGAGGCGCGCUUGAAACUACGAGUAUAUCUAGCUUCGCCGCAGAAGUUCGACGAAGCAAUCGAGUUUGGUUUCCCUUCGAGUGAUUCUUCGGCAAUUCCAUAUAGGGAUUUACCAAGCGCAAAGUGCCAAUCGGAUGGGAUAUUUUCUCCAGACUCGGAGAAGUUCAAGACGUUCCUGGAGGAUGAUAAAUCAUCUAUUUACAGCGACGACGCAUCGCUACCAGAUCCCGAGUCACCUAGAACCCCCGACACGCUAGACAAACACGACAAGUCGCUUCAGCGACCUCGCACCAAUGACUAUCCAUCUAGACAUCCAGAAACUUAUGCACAAGUACCUGCAGCUUCCCGUGAGAUGACGCUACGCAUGACGCUUACGCGACCCGAUCUACGGGCCUGCGAAGACAAUUUAUACGGGUGGCAACAAACGCCGCGACCGUAUUCCAGCAAACCGUCACAAGUGCUUGCAUUACGGGAUGAUACUCCCAUCUCUGCUCCGUAUACUAGUCAUGGUGCUAAAGAGAGUAUGGACAAGAUUUUCGCGGAUAUUGACCACGAGCUCGGUCUUCCUGCUCCUACGGACAGCAAUGUUGUGAAGCGCUUCUGGAAUCGAGUACGACGAAGCUAA